AUGGAGAUCCGGCAGCACGAGUGGCUCUCGGCCUCCCCCCACGAGGGCUUCGAGCAGAUGAGGCUCAAAAGCCACCCCAAGGAGCCCUCGCCGAGCCUGACCCGCGUGGGCGCGAACUUCUACAGCAGCGUCAAGCAGCAGGACUACAGCGCCAGCGUCUGGCUCCGGAGGAAAGACAAGCUGGAGCACUCCCAGCAGAAGUGUAUCGUGAUCUUCGCCCUGGUGUGCUGCUUUGCCAUUCUCGUGGCGUUGAUAUUUUCUGCCGUGGACAUCAUGGGAGAGGACGAGGAUGGGCUCUCAGAAAAAAAUUGUCAAAAUAAAUGUCGAAUUGCCCUGGUGGAAAAUAUUCCUGAAGGCCUUAACUAUUCAGAAAAUGCACCAUUUCACUUAUCACUUUUCCAAGGCUGGAUGAACUUACUCAACAUGGCCCAAAAGUCUGUUGACAUAGUGUCUUCCCAUUGGGAUCUCAACCACAGUCAUCCAUCAGCAUGUCAGGGUCAACGUCUUUUUGAAAAGUUGCUCCAACUGACUUCGCAAAAUAUUGAAAUCAAGCUAGUGAGUGAUGUGACUGCCGACUCAAAGGUAUUAGAAGCCUUGAGAUCAAAGGGAGCAGAGGUGACCUACAUGAACAUGACCGCCUACAACAAGGGCCGGCUCCAGUCCUCCUUCUGGAUCGUGGACAAACAGCAUGUCUACAUCGGCAGCGCCGGCUUGGAGUGGCAGUCGCUGGGACAGAUGAAAGAGCUCGGGGUCAUCUUCUACAACUGCAGCUGCCUGGUCCUGGACUUACAGAGGAUAUUCGCUCUGUACAGCUCGUUAAAAUUCAAGAACAGAGUGCCUCAGACCUGGUCCAAGAGGCUCUAUGGCAUCUAUGACAACGAGAAGAAGUUGCAGCUUCAGUUGAACGAAACCAAAUCUCAAGCCUUUGUGUCGAAUUCUCCCAAGCUCUUCUGCCCCAAGAACAGAAGCUUCGACAUCGAUGCUAUCUACAGCGUGAUCGAUGACGCCAAGCAGUACGUCUACAUCGCGGUCACAGACUACCUGCCCAUCUCCAGCACCAGCACCAAGAGGACUUACUGGCCAGACUUGGAUGGGAAAAUAAGAGAAGCAUUAGUUUUGCGAAGCGUUAAAGUUCGACUCCUUAUAAGCUUCUGGAAGGAAACUGACCCCCUUACAUUUAACUUUAUUUCAUCUCUUAAAGCUAUUUGCACUGAAAUAGCCAACUGCAGUUUGAAAGUUAAAUUUUUCGAUCUGGAAAGAGAGAAUGUGUGUGCUACAAAAGAACAAAAGGAUCACACCUUUCCUAAAUUAAACCGCAACAAGUACAUGGUGACGGACAGCGCGGCUUAUAUUGGCAACUUUGACUGGGUGGGGAAUGACUUCACCCAGAACGCCGGCACAGGCCUCGUUAUCAACCAGGCGGACGUGAGGAACAACAGGAGCAUCAUCAAGCAGCUGAAGGAUGUGUUUGAGCGGGACUGGUACUCGCCCUACGCCAGGACCCUGCAGCCGACCAAGCAGCGGAACUGCUCUGGCCUGUCCAGGCUCAGACCCCCCACCAACAAAACUGCCACGUACCCCCUCAGCGCGAAGGACCCCGCCAGCGUAUCCCGUGAAGGAACAAACUGACAGGACAGCUUGUCUUUCCUAUUUAUGUAGAAGGGACUUGAGGAGAGUUUAAAAAA